AUGGACGAGCUUAGUAUGCAGUACUUACGUAUGGCGAAUGGCCCACACGGUCAACUGCAUGACCCGGCGGACGUGGUGAACUUCGUGGAACAAAUGCAACUCGUGGUGGAACGCAGCUCUGCGCCGAGAAGGAAUUUUCUUCUUGACACGACCACUCCACGUGGUGAUGUCAUCAUCACGGAGGCCUCUGCGAUGAAGCCAGGCAACGGCUGGAUUACUCUGCAGGUGACGGAAGGGAUUCGUCGCGGCGUACACGAGUGGUGUGUGAAAAUUGAGCACCAAGGUGAGACGACGGAUGGUAGUGGAUUGAUGCUGGGUAUCGUGCCGAAAAGCUUUGCCAAGUACGACUCAUUUAUCUCACAGGGAGGUGGCUGGUGCUUGAGCCGUGCGGGAAAGUUUUACGGGCAUUGGAGGCGACAAGACAACAACUUGAGUGUUGUCUUUGGCGCUGGUGACCGCGUGGUAUUUAUCCUGGACUACGAGGCGGCACGCAUGACGGUGCGUGUGGGCGAUAAGUCUGUUGUUGGUGAGAUCAGCAAUAUUGCACCGGAGGUGUACCCUGCCAUCUCUCUUCACUACCGUCACCAGUUUGUGCGCUUUGAGUACCACAAGGUGCACGACCGUCAUGCGAAGAAACUGAACUGGAUUGAACGCUUUGCUUUUCCACACGCUUCCGUGUACCUUCCACUCACUCCCGAUCAACUGGAGAAGGUACCACUUGAUUCAUACGUUUUUAGCUCAUUGUUUAAUGAAAAAGGAGGACAACCUGGACGGUGGAUACAACGACAGGGCUCUGCUACAUUUUCUUCCAUUCCCUUGGAUGAGGCUAUCCCUAUAUCGGAGGAAUACGAAACGGCGCGGGCUGCAAGUGCACGACUAACAGUUGUGCUUCGGGCGAUUCAGGCCGUACGACGGUAUUGUGGUGGCGGUGUCACGCCGGUCGAGGUGUUUCUGGAUCGAAAUAUUACAGCAGAAGCGCUACGCAAAAAUUGGCAUGCAUUGUCAAGCCGUAGUGCUGCUUCCCGCGACGGGAUGGACGCUGCCCUUAAUUGUGGGGCAUUGGUGCUUAUUCACAUGUUUGUUUACGCCAGCAUGACUUUGGAGGGUGCCACUGUGUUGCCUCUGGUACACAACCUCCAAGAGUACCUUCGUGGCGUCACGCUAUUUAGUCUCGGGGAGACGUCUUCAUCGCCGCACUUCGUGGGGAGCUCCAUCUCCCCAGAGGUGAUGCGACAGGCCCUGGAUGGUGUGGCAAAGCUCCUUGAGCAGACCCUUUCAAACGAUACCAUAAAUAGGAAUAAUGGUGGCAUCAAUAAUGCCAUCAACAUUAACGGCAACUCCAAAAGUAUCAUGAAACACACAAGUCACAAUGGCCCAGAUAGCAUUGUUGCUUCAGCUUUGGUAGAACUUCUGGUAUUGCUCUCGCUUCAAUGUGGCUCCAUAAGCGAGGUUCUACGCACAACACGGUAUCUGUUACGUAUGCCCACAAACUUUGUGUCGCAAGCCACAUUAGACUGGUUGAAGUCGAAUGAAUCGGCUCUCACACCCAAGAGGUAUUUUCCCAAACUUAACGAGGCCUACGAUGCAAUUGAAGAUGACACAGAACAACUUUCCCCGUUUGGACGUGACUUCAAUUCGCAGAUACUUUCAGUGGGUUAUGAUCGUGGUGCGGUUUACAUUCAUUCUGUUGAUGGCCUUAGCAAACGUACUAAUGUGGUUGAGAUGUAUGCCCUUGUGUGUUCCACUAGUGAACCACUAGAUUGCUGUCCCCAGUGUUCAUACUCCAGCAUUGCCUUUUCUGAGGCAGGUGUGCUGUUGCUACUGACUAAUCGUAUGCUUGCCGCUGGGUUUGCUGUUGUAACUUACAGUACCUUGUUGGAGGUACGACAAAAGGUGGCGCUCGCAGAUGCCCCUCAAUGGCCGCUGAAUUCCCGUUUCAUGGCACUUGCCUCAGGUCCAGGAGACCGUUUAGUCCUUGUGUACGACGUGGUAGCUGCUCCAACUGGUGCUGCGGCAGAUGCCAAUACUUCCUCUUCUGUUGGCCUGGAGAUGCAAGUAUUUGCCUCCAGUAGUUUUCCAGAGGCGCAAUGGUGCACCUCACUUCAACUUGCCCCUUUUGACCGCACCCUCGCAUACUGUUUGUCGCUUCGCAAGGGAAGUGUGAUCGACUUUGGCUCGCCAGAGGUAUGCCUAACCACCGUUGGAGGUCAUGUCACCGUGGAGAUUUGGAUUAAAAUACUUGAGAAAGAUGAUACCUCUGUGUUAUAUCAGCAUGGUGAUCGAAGCACAAGUGGAGAGGUUUUCAUAGAGACAACACGACUUGAAGGGGCUUGGCGCAUACGUGGUGGGUAUCGACAUGAUUCCCGUGGUAUGUGCGUUGUCACAGCUCCUGUUAGCCCGGCUUCUGAGUCUCGUUUUAUACACGUUAGUUUGAUAUUUGAUGGAAAUUGGCGUCUGUGUCUUGAUGACGAAGAGGUUUCAUGCACCCGGCAAGGGCCACAAGUAUCCUUGGAAAAUCCUCGACAGCGAUGGACGGCUGGAAAUGAUUGCAUAUGUCAAAUAGCUGCCUUGCGUGUGUGGAGGGGCGGCCGUUUGCUUCGUGAGAUUGUCCGUGACUCGCGUCGCCUAUUGUCUGGGGAUGAGCCAGGUCUUGUAUGCCAAUAUUUUUUUAAUGAACCAAAUGGGAAUGUUGUUUUUAAUCAUGUUCGAACAGGUGCGGCACGUGGUCGUCAUGCGAUUGUUUGGGGGAAGUUUGCGCGUGUCGGAUGCUUUGACCAUCCUUUCUUGCCCUCACAGCGAGAGAGCAGCGCAUUAGGUGGAACUUCCAUGCCUGUUACAGCUGAGCCACCCCAGUUGGAGCAUACACAUGUGUUUUUCAAUGGAUCCCAAAUUGGGCUAAUGGAACAACGGACGCAAACCAUUCCAGGCUUUGUCGAUUGGAAGCAUGUACAUCAGGUGAGUUUCUUUGACAUCAAGACGGGGCGUGAGUUAUACGGUUCUUAUGUGCUGCGACAGAGAAGUAAGCUGGGAUUUCUUGGAUGUGACCAUCAUGGUCAGUAUUGGGAAUUGUUUCAGACAGGGAUGAACCCUGGUCCUCGUGGGGAAGUGCAACAGCAAGUUGUAGCAGUAGGAACGCUUUCAGGUAUUUCCGUUGUCGUGCAGGAAAAGGGCGCACUUACGUCUCUUCAUGACUCCAAUGACGCUAAGUGUGCUACACUUAAUGGGACAUCAGUAUCUGUGGGGUGCAGUGAGGCCUUGUUUGGGACUAUGCACAGUGGACUGGUCUCAAGUGGGGGGCAACAACUUCUUAAUAGAGACACAGCCAACGUGACGUUUGGGUCCCUUGCGAUGUGGUUGCUGGGUCUCCUUUCUACCUUUGCAGAGGCAAGUGGCACCGACUUGGACAAUCAUCUCUUUAGCCCUCUCCUGGACGAUGUGGGGAUUCGGUGUGUGCAAGAAGUGCAACAACUUUUAUGUGAGCACUGUCGUGCUGUGAAGGCCAUGAAUGCGCGUCGUUCGGCAAAUUUAAAGGACAGUACGUCCUCCAGUGUGAUUUACACCAUACUGCGAGUGUUAGUGCGGUUGAUUCGACGAGUUCGAGACUUCAAGUUGCACCCUGACACCCUUGGCUUCUCUGAGGUCAGCGAAAGCGAUGAUGUUCACGGGAUGCUUCAUGAGUUGAACAUCGCCCAGCGCAGGCGGAACGCCUCGUGGAAGGAGCACGAGCGAUCUGCCGCGUCGACGUUACUCAAUGCAACAAACUCAACCGCGGCAACAAAAGCGACUCCAAACGCAGAUUCCGUGGAGAUCGCGCACACCUUUUCAAGAAAACGCGGAACAAGUCUGCUUGGUGUCCUUGCUGAUAUCAUCAAUGAGGCGGGUUUCAAUUUACCGAUGGAUCUGGCUGUACUUGCUCGUAUCAUCAUUCAGGAGGGAGUAACUUUGUUUUUUCCAAGUGCAAAUGUGCGAGCAACACUACUGCAUGAAAUAUUAAACUGUGAGCAACAGAACGCAUCGCAGUCCCCGGCUCUUAACGUGUUGCUUGAUGCCAUUGUGAGGAGCUUCACAGACAUGACAUCCGCUGCGGCUUUGAUUCAUACGGGGGACUUUAACACACGCAGUGGUCUUAUGCAUGGGGAAGACAAAUCCGCAAGCGUCAUAGAGCAAAAACUCCUUGUGAUUAAGAAAACCCUCUCCACCUUAUUAGCGGAGUCAGCUAAACAGAUGACUUCCCGGGUGUCAAAUGAAUCGCGACAGCAGCAGUUGGGCCUCCUCUCUGUGAUGGCCGAGGCCAUUGGGACGUUGCAAUUGCUGCUUUUUAGUCAAUGUGACGGGACCGGAGUGGCCAACAUGAGUGGCACUGGAACACGUCGCGGAAUCGAAAAUAUCUUUUUACUUCCUCAGCCGACAGAGCUUUCUUCCGUGCUGAAGGACUACUAUGUGGAGUUGUUUAACACUGCCGAAAUAAUAUUUAAACGAUUGAUUCAGCGCAUUCCAGCGGCAUCACCCCGACGGUCAACCGCUGCGACGUCGUCAACGACGACAGCAGCAGAAGUAACGAUGAUCUGUGAUAUGCUGAGUAGUUCUUUUGUGGGGUUUCCACUACACACAGCCAUCACGGCACUACCAUUCAUGGUAACACGCGAUGAAUCGGAAUGGUUGCUGCGGAAAUUGAACUUGCUUCGUGUCCACUAUCGUGCCUUAUUGCAGUUGUUUCGUGAGAAUAUUUCGAUGAACCUUGGCAAAGUUGGUUUUUGGCCGCUUCCAGCUUUGGAUAAUGGUUUGCUUCUCGCAUCGUCCUGGGUGGCGUCUUUCAUGUCGCUUGGCCAGCUUCCUGCAGGGCCGUUGGGAACAAAAACACCGUCUCAUGAUGCAUAUAACAACAGUACCACUGCAAUUCAAGAGAUUUGUGAUCAUCCUCUCUUGGCGGCCGGUUUGCGUCCGGCAAAUAAGGUGGGUAACAAUAUAGACGUGGGCAUCAUUGAGAAGUUACAACAACAACGGCCAAUAUGGGAGGACAUUGCAAAACAAGAUGAUCCACUUGCGUCGAAGACACCAGCGGGAUUAGCGGCCGCCAUGUCGCUGGCCGCCGUUGCGGUUGUCCACUUGAGUGGUGUGCAGCUUCAUCGUCUUUCGGACAAGGAACAGCUUGAGUUGCUUGCAAAAACGCUUCUCCGCUUGAGAAACACGAGGAAUGAGCUGCUGAAUAAACGCUCCAAAAACCCGAAUGACUUUUCACGUAAUGUGUGUGAUGUGCAGGGUCGAUGUCGCUUUUUGUUGCGAUUCAGAAAAGUCUCGGAGGCUGAGUUUUUAAAGAUGACGUCCACCUUUCUUUCCCAAUCCUUCGCUGACAGGGUGCUCGGAGAGAAGCUACCGAGGGGUGGCAGAUGGAAGCGGGCAGUAUUUCUUUUGCGGGCGCAACGUAUGUACCAUGAGGCGUUUUUAAAUAGCUGGCUACUUCUUCAAUUUGAUUCUGCCUUGAAACUUGUGGAACGUGUCAUCCUCUCCCCAGGAUUGACGACAGCUGGUUUGCAGGCGGCGAUUCAGACGCGUCAAACAAACGCGCUUCAACGUCUAGAUGGACUUUUUCACAUGCUGCAACUCUUUGAGACAGAUGCCGCAUCUGCACUAAAAGUUGCCUCAUUACUUUUUAAAGGUUCUGUGGGCUCCCAACGGCAGUUUGAGACCGGCCUCUCUGGCUCUUUGGACUCCACGCGUUGUGCUAUUCGUCGGACAAUGUAUGACAUUCUUCGCCGCCUGCGCGAUGCCGCAGUAAAAUCACGACUUCCAGGGAUGGAUGAUGGCGGCGAUCAGGUGGAACAGAGCCCCAAGACGGCAAUGCAUGGUGGUGCCUCAUUCCGCCUUUCUACCCUUAGUGAGGUACUGAACAGAAUGUGGUUGCCUUCUGACUUUUGCUACCUGGAGCACCUGCGUGUCGUGAAGGUGAUUUUUGAGACUAUUUGCAGCAUAUUCGUGCCAAAUGACUUGGGACGCCUGCGCCAGGAGGGGACUACAGAGCGUUCACAUAGGCAUGACGCUAGGGAUGCAAGGAAACAAAACACCACGGCUAGCAGUCCGUCGGGAACUGCGGAGGAUGAGGCGAAUGAAGUUUCACUGCAACGUACCCCACAUGAGUGUGCCUUAAUGGAAUCUCUUACGACGCUCAAAUUCCUGGGUCAACAGGCUGCAAGGGUAUUGGGGGAUACAUCCUUGUCACUCUGUGAACGGCGUGGUUGUACUCUUUUCCUUGAUGGGUUGUUUGAAGUAUUGGAAUUGGAGUUGCACAGGUGCGCCAAGUACACCUCGCAAGCGUGCUGCCCUGCCAAUGGCCGUGUGUUGGAGCAGGUAAGCCUUAUUUGUACGCUUGCCAGCACUAUUGCUCGGAGCCUACCAGAGGGAUUUUUUUGCAAUAGAGAGACAUGUUUUAAGCUUGUCCUUCUGGCAUUUCGAUUGGGUAACAUGGCGAAAAUCCUCUUGACAAUAAUCACGUCCACUGUGGCGGCGACGACAACAACGACAACGGCCACUGCCACAACGACGAGUAUUCCCACACUCAAGUUGAUGGAGGUUUGCAUCAACACAAGCGUGUUGCUUUUGUGUUAUUGUCAACCAGCGACCGCCGACCCUCUUUUCGUUGCGGAGGAGACGAUGGAAAUAACACGUCAAACGGUUUGUAUCACACGCGCAGGAGGCGAAACGCUCGGAUUUUUUUUAGCGUUUGUGAUUCGCUGUGUUGCGACAUCUAACGGUGGCCUCAGUGAGAUAGGGCUGCGAUGCGUCGAUGCCUUCCACAGACUUGUGUGCCGACCACCCUGGGAUGCGUCGUUUAUGACUCUCCGUGAGACGUAUCAGUGUGAUCUUGGGGCUGUCACCGUGGCGGAAGACGAGGAGGCCGCUCGCUCAAAAAGCAUCCGUCUCCUUAUGUGGUUGUAUUCCAUUGGUGGACCACCGACAGUUCCGCUGAGUCUCGGCAAGAAGGUCCAGGUGAGUGCCGAUAACAUGCUCCCCUCAACGGAGGGCGCAUACAUCGUCGACUGCUGUACCCAGAAGAACAGUGCAACAGUUAUUUCAUCAACGUUAUACUCACUUGUGGAGGAACGCGAGGUUUUUCUUGACAACCUCAUCAGUUCCUCCAAUGAGGAGGUGAUACUUCCACGGGCGGAUGUGCUUUUUCAGUUUCUGAUCCCCACACUUGAGUAUUUUUUUAAACCACCCUUGAGGCCACAUUUUUCACCACUCAUUUGGGCUGUUAUUGCGGCACUGUUACGCAUCACGUGGGCAGUGCUGAAGAAUGAUCCUGCUGCAAGCCAAGUUCUUCUUGAAGGAGACAUUUUGAGUCACGUGGACGCGUUCGCCUUUCGUCUUGCGGCGAAGAUACCCCUACCUUUAUGUUACCUAUAUGAAGUAUGCCCCACUGUGGUGCAGCAACUGCUGCAGUGCACGCGACCCAUUACCUUUGAUACAGUUGUUCCCUCUUCUUUGGCUGCUGCGGCCACCACUCCCAACGGUGUGCCAAACGCGCUGUCCUCUGGCGUUUCAUACACGCAACCGUUGCCAGGUACGGAGUUUAAUUGUGGUACGUCCCUUCCUUCUGUAGUGCCGGUACAGCCGUCAAUUUUUGGUGCUAGCACUCUCUUGGGCAACGCGGUGGUGUCUCGAGCUGAAGUGGACGAUAACAACAACAGCAGCAUCAGUAGCAGUAGCAGUAGCAACAACAACAACGGCAACAGUGGUUUUAUGCCUUCGCUUGUUCGACUUCCGCAGGCACACUCCUCCCUUUCCCUCACACCCUCCGUUCUUUGUUUUUGCGGGGACAAAGACGCCCCCGUUGGCACACUCACGAUAAAAGCUGCCGGCAUCAAGAGUUGCAUACCACUCUGGACGGAUGGUCUGACUUUGGAGACAAGCGUUCUCCUGUACGAACGACUUUUUCCGGAGCUUGGGGAGGACUUUGUGAUCCCAACAUUGUGGCAGCGACCUGGCAUUCAAUUCACGCUCUUUUCACUGUAUGAGAAACACCGCUCGAGUGGUGCCGCUGUUAUGCGUGUGGUGUUAACAGAGAAUAGUAUUGAUUAUAUUAUGGAAAGCGUAAAGGGGUCAGCCGCAAUCGUUUCCACAAAGCUAGUGCGUGAGGAUUGGGACCACUGGAUUCACAUCGCUGUGGUGCUGGAAAGUGGUGCAGUGACACUCUACAAGGAUGGGGUUGGCACAACGGCAACGUUGCCCAAAUUGGCCGCCUCACGGCUGGAGACGCUUCUUCGUGAUGGUGUUGUGGAUCGACUCACGAUUGGCAACGAGACACCUACUGCCCUGCCCGGCAGCAGAAAUGCCAGUAAAAGUUUUGAUGGGGCCCGGCUGGCUAGCGUCACUGCCACCACCACCACCACCAAUACCAGCAGCAACAACAACAAUAAAGACACUCAGGUUUCUGGUGACUGCGCAAUGGACGGGGUGAUUGUAGCGGUUGAAAGUGUUCGUGUCUGGGGAUGUGCGCGUGGGCUUAAGGCUCAACGUACGACUGCCGAUUUUGUGGCGCGCGAGCAGACGUUGCCUGUUGUUAGAGUCUCGGAUGGCUCUCAGAUGACGUUUCGGUUUUCAGAAGCCACCGGCGAUGAGACCUUGUCGGAAAACAAGGAAAGUAUUGGAACCCUUCACGGGAACGUGCGCUGGGCCCCGUUUCCCAUCUUUUCUGGCGCUGUGGAUUUGGGAAAGGCUUCUCGAAUCGACCCGACAACUCAUAUGGAACUUCCGCUAUUCAUUCCGCGGCGAGAGUUUGAGAUUUUUUUUGCGGCACUUGAUCGCAACCAGAUUUUGAGGAUUGGCGGCGAAUACCUGCAAACACUGUGCGCACAUCUUAGUCGACAGUGCGUGGUGGCAGCAAUUUGCCAGAUGGUGUCGCCUGGUUACCAUGUCCUGGUCCUUGAGAAGGGUCGAAAACAGCACAAGAGCAUAACACCUACGCGAAAAGGUGGCGAUGCUGUAGCAUCCGGUGCAGAACUUGUCAACCCACGUCAUAUCAUUGCAAGCAAUGAACUUGUGCGGCAUCUUAUAAAUUUAUUGCGGUAUAGUGAUACCGGGGCGGUCAGCGAUGAGACGAUGCUGGCUGUCGCGAAAUUUAUCAAGUUAUGUUUUGCUUUGAUUACUACGGAGAAGCUCAUGGCAAACGGUUUUCGCGAAGCCGCAAUCGCUAUUAGUGAAGCAUUGCAUGAUGAAGCGGAGUCGUUCCGCAUGGAACUUCCACCGUUUUCAUAUGUGACGACUGAUAUUCAACUGCUGCCUCUCGCCAUUCUUAAUGGGCCAGGCGGCACUAUCUCCUUUGAUGCGAACAGUCGUGGUAUUGAACACCUGACACUGUUGCGGGACCGUAAACAAAAAGUGCUUCUCGCCAAAUACCCUGAUGCACAAGGUGGUUGGCCAGAGUUGGAGAUCCCAGGAGACAACCCUUGGCUUUACGCCAGGCCCAUCGUCAGCACACGGGCUGCCACGGCCUCUUUUACACUCUCAGCCCGAUCAUUGAAACCGCUUGUAGCUUGUGGAAUCUUUGGGGCGAUACGUGAGGUUUUAACUUCACAGACUAAAUAUCAGUGCGGUUGGUCAUAUUUUUUAAAUACACCAUAUCUCUCAUUGUUGACGGUGCGGACAGGGACGACAAAGUGCUCUGCUUUGCCUGCGUGUCGCCUGUUAACGGCCUUGCUUGAUUUUUGGCGAGAAAUUCCGCAUUUUGCUCCGCAUGAUCACAGUCCGCUGAAGAUUGUAUUGGCACAUCUUAACGUGUCAUUGAUGGCUAUUCUGCACCGUGGACAAAUAACACCCAAUAGUCCUCCAUUACUGUCUCCUGCUCUGGGUCACUACAAUCUCCGGGUUCAAGGGGCGUUUGAGCUUCUUGUAGCAGCCAUUCGCCUUGAAGCAGCUUGGAAGAAUGUUAGUCAUCCGUGUUCUACGCGGAGUCGAUGGAAGCGUCUGUUUUCGUUGUGGGAAACUUCCAUUGGCUAUGGCGCCCCUGCUGUGGCUUCUCCUUCGGCAAUCAUCGCUCAGCAGGAUCCCACUGUGGUGGAGCGCGGGUAUGUGCGACUCGUGCCCCUCCCCACCUCCGGUUCUUCGGUGCAGCAUUGCCCUAAAGCUACAAUAUUUCAACGCGGCAACGGUGUUUGGUACGCCUCCUGUGAUCGCGUUUCUUUCUCGGCUCGGAGCAGCGUUGGAUUUAAACGGGGAAGGUUUUACUUUGAGGUUCGUAUUCCUGCGAGUGGGGAGGCCAUUUCUGUAGGCAUUGUCACGGAACGCGCACAACAACACUCUGUCCUGGCUCCCAGAGGUCUUGGUCACGAUGGCGAUUCAUGGGGAUUUGAAAGUGUACAAAUGUGUCGUUUUUACCACGGGUUUCGUCAUGAAUUUUCUGUUCGAAGUAAGUGGAAGCCUCUUGAUGUCAUUGGCAUUCUUUUGGACCUUGAGGCUGAAACUCUAGCAUGCGUACAUGAAGGUCGGCAGGUGAGUAUGUUUGAUAAUUUAAGAGCCAGUCGCAGUAAAGAUACGAUGACGUGUUUCUUUCCUGCAGUCUCGUUUGGCACAGGCGGAGUGGAUGUCAACUUUGGUGCAGCACCGUUUGCCUGUAGCUUACCUGUGGGUUACCUCCCAGUGGACCCGUCUAACUACGUGGUGUCUCCCACAUCUAAGCUUUGGAUCCUUCUCACCGCGGUUGAGGUUGGGGAAACCCUUUCCAGAAGCAGCAGCAAAAUCAAUAUGAAUAAAGAGGGUCACAUUAAAGCAGCCCACAAGGACGACGCUUUUUUUACCAAGGAUGAGACUCUUCGUUUACCGAGUCUUUUUGAAAGAGCCAAUGAUGCUGGAAUGGUAUAUCAAGCAGGUCGCAGCGGUCCUUACAGUGUGAGCCUUCUGCCUAGUGAUAAUAAAACGAGGACGGUAACGGUGCAAGGGAGUGAGGUUCGUGCAGGAGAUGAUCCGUGUUUUGUACGAGGUAGCGUUUGCGUCCGGCAAGGGCGCUGGUACUACGAAGUAGCGCUUCGUGGUGAGGCCUUGAUUAGUGUCGGUUGGGUCACUUCUACCGCAACCCCAGAUUGGUCUCGCACUAAGUCACUGGGAGAUGAUAACGAGUCAUGGGUGCUUGAAGGGAGCCGAACGACGGCACGACACAACAAACAUCAGCGCAGCGUAGGUGGACUGAUGUGGAAGCAUGGAGACAUUGUAGGUUGCAUGGUGGACUGCGAUGCCGGCACAAUUGCCUACAGUGUCAACGGCACACCACUUCGAGAGAUGCAUGACACCAACGGCGACGGCGUACUUUUUUCUUCCGUGAAUUGUGUAAAUGGAAUUAUGCCGGUAGUCAGCGUGGGCCCAAAAAAUGCGGCAUCCAUUUUGUUCUUCGACGAGGAGUUGUCGUUCCGUCCUCGCGGUUACCGUGCACUUAGUACAGCAAAUCCCAUACGUACGGCAGUUGAGCAGCAUUACUGUACCGAUAGUCUUGAGCAUAACGAUAACGGGCAAGAAGUGAUUGGACCGGCAUUUUCGCCUACAUUGGCUCGGUCUCUGCUGUCCUCCUUAACGUCCUUGACGGAGUUGAACUUUAUGAACGCCUCAGCGUACUGUCUGGAGGAUGUUCUUAAUAAGGAUAGUAGUAACAUCCGUUAUGAGAAGUUUAAAGGACGUGAAAGUGCCUUGCGUCUACUAGUCACCCUUCAAAAUCUUUCCAGUUUAACCGAAUGCAUGAUUCCAUACGCUCAUGCAGCUCUUAGUUAUGGAAAAUACGAUACUCUUCUUUCAGGCCCUAUUUGCCGUUCUCUUUGGCAGUGUCGUGAGUAUCUGUUGCCGGUUGUGGUGUUGAGGAUUCUCCAGGGUUUUUUUUUGCAUACAAAUUGCUUGGGAGAAAACAUCAAACUGACACUAAAUAGAAGGAAAGCACUGUCGCUCGUAAAUGAUCUCGACGUCCCCGUUUCCGAGCGUCUGCGUGGAAGCCUCUUUGGGCAGGUAUAUCACCUUCUACAUGACAAGAAUGUUUCCCUCUUUUGCACCAGUAGGAACUUAUGGUCAGUGAAUUUUGUUGGGGAAGGUGCUGACGAUAUUGGGGGACCGUACCGCGAGAGUAUCACACAGCUUUGCUCAGAACUUAUGAGUUCAGGUCUUCCGCUCUUUGUGCCAAGCCCCAAUCAAGUCCAUGACAUCGGAGAUGCACGUGAACUUUUUGUGGUUCGUCCAGUAAUGGAGCCGCCUGUACGCCUCAGCAUGUAUCAGUUUUUUGGUCGGCUUGUUGCGGGUUGUUUGCGCAGCUCCGAGCCACUUCCUAUUUAUCUUCCUAGUUGUAUUUGGAAGGCAUUAGUGGGGAGCCCCGUUGAUGAGGGUGAUCUUCGCGUGGUGGAUCAGAUCUCCGUUCAAUCUUACCACUACAUCCGUCAGCUGAUGUCGUCAAGGCAAGGCGAAGUGACUGACGAUGAGAUUGCGGAACUUUGUCCUGGAGGAUUUUCUCUUGUAGACGAUGCAGGGGUGGAGCAGGAACUGUUUCCCGGCGGUAAAGAAAUAUCUGUGGGUCGACACAAUGUGGAGAUGUUUCUUGACAUGGCGUUACGGUUUAAGCUACACCAUAUGGGCGCGAUGCAAAUUAAGGCCAUCGCGGAGGGGUUUCAUCAGGUGGUGCCUGUUUCUGCGGUGUCACUGUUGAAGUGGUACGAACUUGAGCAUGUGGUUUGUGGCCAGCCAGACUAUGACGCGGAUGCGCUCAUUGACGCCGCUCGCUAUGAAAAUCUUGAUCUAAAUGAUGUCACUGUACAAUAUCUUCGGCAGGUGCUACGACAGUUUUCCCGCCAUGAACGCGCGCUUUUUAUGCGUUUUGUCAGCGGCAGAGAAAGGCUCCCGUCGGGGGUGCGGUUAAAACUGAUGCCGGAUGCUCAUUCGCGUUCGAUACAAAGCGAGACUUCAGGCAACACCGAUGCUGAGAGCAAUGCUAAUGAUACGGAUGGUGGUGGUGAUGGUGGUGGCAAAUCCUCUGUUGACGUGUUUGAUGACAAUCGACUACCUCACGCCUCGACUUGCUUUUACUGGCUCUCUAUUCCUAGAUACAGCUCGGUGGAGGUGAUGCGGGAGAGACUGUUGUUUGCCAUUCAGCAGUGCCUCGAUAUUGACGCGGAUUUUGUGGUGCACGAGAAUGGCAAUCCAGAGGAUGAGAUGGAGCCUACGAUGGCCGUCAAUGCGGAUGAGGACGAGGAGGAAUUUGAGGAUUUCUCUCAUCUGCGUUAG